UGCUUUAGUAAAAUUAACCAAAUGGUUCAUUCGAUUAUUUUCAUUUAAGUUAUUACUCGAUAAUUUCGUUGUAAACAUUUCAUGUCAGUUGCUAUCGAUAGAUAGCCUUAAUGUUCCCCAGGAGAUUGGAGCAAUUUAGAAAAAUGCCCGUGAAAGCUGCACUGAUAGAUCUUAGUGGCACGCUCCAUGUAGAGGAUGAUCCAACACCUAAUGCUUUAAUGGGAUUGCAAAGAUUGCGCAGCAGUAAUAUUACCGUUAAAUUUGUAACAAACACCACUAAGGAUUCAAAACAAACGCUCUACGAUCGAUUGAUCAAAAUAGGAUUUAAACUGGAUGCCAACGAGAUUUACAGUUCGUUGAGCGCAGCUGCUGUAUAUGUUGCGAAAGAGAAUCUGAAUCCUCUCUAUUUGCUAUCGAUCGAUGCUCGCAAAGAUUUUCCCGAAGAAGACUUGAGUCGUCCUCAGGAUUCGGUCGUUGUGGGCCUGGCGCCCAUUGCCUUUGAUUAUGAGCACCUAAAUAAGGCAUUCACUGUGCUGAUGCAGCAGAAGUCGCAUAAGCUUGUGGCCGUGCACCAGGGCAAAUAUUAUAAACGUUCGGAUGGGUUGGCCCUGGGACCCGGUUGCUUUGUCAAGGGCUUGGAGUAUGCGACAGACAAGAUGGCAACGAUUAUAGGCAAACCAAAUCAAUUCUUUUUCAAAAGUGCAAUACCAGAAGGCAUGCAACCUCACGAAUGCGUCAUGAUUGGCGAUGAUGCCAACGAUGAUAUUGCAGGAGCCAUGCAAGCGGGCAUGCAGGGCAUACUCGUCAAGACCGGCAAAUUUUUACCCGAAGUUGCGGCCUCGAUCUCCCCGCCACCGACAGCUGUGGUUAAAAAUUUCGGUGAAGCAGUCGAUUGGAUAUUGUGUAAAAAUAACUGUAACUAGUUUGACUCUCGGUUCGAAAACAACCACAUUUACAUAAAUACAGGAUAAUACAUUUGUGGAACAAUAAAUUUAUAGUU